GCUGCUGCUGCUGCUGCUGCUACUGCUACUGCUACUGCUACUGCGAGGGCCGCGGCCCAGCCGGGGGCACCACCACAGGUCAGGAUUCUGUAGGAGCCUGAUUUUAGAAUUCACAAGAUCACCUGAAGUACUAGAGAAAUAUGAGUUAUUAAGCCUACGCUCAGCUCAAGUUAGCAACUAGACUGGUGUGACAACCUGUUUUUAAUCAGUGACUCAAAGCUGUGAUCACCUCGAUGUCACCGAAUGGCCACAGCUUGUAAAAGUGCCAGCAGGUUUAUUUUUUGUUUUGCAAGCCUGCUCUGCCUCCUUACAAUAUGACAUCUGAUGCUGGAGGGUCGCACUUUCAAAAAUGAGUCAGCUGGUACAUGGGGUUAUCAUCAGUUUUUAGCACUUCUGUCUGGGAGAUACAAGUUUGGAAGCAAUCUUGGGGUUCUUACCCACAAGGCUGGUGGAGACCAGGUGUGUCACGAAGAUCACCAGGAGAACCUCACUCUGACGACAUUGAAGCUAGCCGAAUGAAGCGAGCAGCUGCAAAGCAUCUAAUAGAACGCUACUACCACCAGUUAACUGAGGGCUGUGGAAAUGAGGUCUGCACGAAUGAGUUUUGUGCUUCCUGUCCAACAUUUCUUCGUAUGGAUAACAAUGCAGCAGCUAUUAAGGCCCUCGAGCUUUAUAAGAUUAAUGCAAAACUCUGUGAUCCUCAUCCCUCCAAGAAAGGAACCAGCUCAGCUUACCUUGAAAACAACUCUAAAGGUGCCCAUAACAACUCCUGCACUGAUAGGAAAAUGAACAAGAAGGAAGUACAAGGCCCUAGAGAUGACUUUAAAGAUGUGACUUACUUAACAGAAGAAAAAGUAUAUGAAAUUCUUGAAUUAUGUAGAGAGAAAGAGGAUUAUUCCCCUUUAAUACGAGUUAUUGGAAGAGUGUUUUCUAGUGCUGAGGCCUUGGUACAGAGCUUCCGUAAAGCUAAACAACAUACAAAGGAAGAACUGAAAUCUCUUCAAGGAAAGGAUGAAGACAAGGAUGAAGAUGAAAAGGAAAAAGCUGCAUGUUCUGCUGCUGCUAUGGAGGAAGAUUCGGAAGCAUCAUCCUCAAGGAUAGGUGAUAGCAACUCUCAAGGAGAUAACAACUUACAAAAAUUAGGCCCUGAUGAAGUAUCUGUAGAUAUUGAAGCGAUCAGAAGAGUCUACAACAGAUUGCUUUCUAAUGAAAAAAUAGAAACUGCCUUUCUUAACGCACUUGUGUACUUGUCACCUAAUGUAGAGUGUGACUUGACUUAUCACAAUGUGUACUCUCGGGAUCCUAAUUAUCUGAAUUUGUUCAUUAUUGUCAUGGAGAAUGGCAAUCUUCAUAGCCCUGAAUAUCUGGAAAUGGCUUUGCCAUUGUUUUGCAAAGCAAUGAGCAAGUUACCCCUUGCAGCCCAAGCAAAACUGGUCAGACUGUGGUCUAAAUACAGUGCAGACCAGAUUCGGCGAAUGAUGGAAACGUUUCAACAGCUUAUUACUUACAAAGUCAUAAGCAAUGAAUUUAAUAGUCGUAAUCUAGUGAACGAUGAUGAUGCCAUUGUUGCUGCUUCAAAGUGCUUGAAAAUGGUUUACUAUGCAAAUGUAGUAGGUGGAGAGGUAGAUACAGAUCAUAAUGAAGAGGAGGAUGAAGAGCCCAUCCCAGAAUCCAGCGAGCUGACACUUCAAGAGCUUUUGGGAGAGGAGAGAAGAAACAAGAAGGGUCCUCGAGUAGACCCACUAGAAACUGAACUUGGUGUUAAAACUAUAGAUUGCAGAAAACCACUUAUCCCUUUUGAAGAGUUUAUUAAUGAACCACUGAAUGAUGUUCUAGAAAUGGACAAAGAUUAUACUUUUUUCAAAGUAGAAACAGAAAACAAAUUCUCUUUUAUGACUUGUCCCUUUAUAUUGAAUGCUGUCACCAAGAAUCUGGGAUUGUAUUAUGAUAAUAGAAUCCGCAUGUACAGUGAACGGCGCAUUACUGUGCUCUACAGCUUAGUUCAAGGACAACAGUUGAAUCCAUAUUUACGACUCAAAGUCAGACGUGAUCAUAUCAUAGAUGAUGCACUUGUCCGGCUAGAGAUGAUUGCCAUGGAGAAUCCUGCAGACUUGAAGAAGCAGUUAUAUGUGGAAUUUGAAGGAGAACAAGGAGUUGAUGAAGGAGGUGUUUCCAAAGAAUUUUUUCAACUAGUUGUGGAGGAAAUCUUCAACCCAGAUAUUGGUAUGUUCACAUAUGAUGAAUCUACAAAACUGUUUUGGUUUAAUCCAUCCUCUUUUGAAACUGAGGGUCAGUUUACCCUGAUUGGCAUAGUACUGGGUCUGGCUAUUUACAAUAACUGUAUACUGGAUGUGCAUUUUCCCAUGGUUGUCUACAGGAAACUAAUGGGGAAAAAAGGAACUUUCCGUGAUCUGGCAGACUCUCACCCAGUUCUCUAUCAGAGUUUAAAAGAUUUGUUGGAGUAUGAGGGAAGUGUGGAAGAUGACAUGAUGAUCACUUUCCAGAUAUCUCAGACAGAUCUCUUUGGUAAUCCAAUGAUGUAUGAUCUAAAGGAAAAUGGUGAUAAGAUUCCCAUUACAAAUGAAAACAGAAAGGAAUUUGUCAGUCUCUAUGCUGAUUAUAUUCUCAAUAAAUCAGUAGAAAAGCAGUUCAAGGCCUUUCGGAGAGGUUUUCAUAUGGUGACCAAUGAGUCUCCCUUGAAGUACUUAUUCAGACCAGAGGAAAUUGAAUUGCUUAUCUGUGGAAGCCGGAAUCUAGACUUCCAAGCAUUAGAAGAAACCACAGAAUAUGAUGGCGGCUAUACCAGGGACUCUCUUAUUAUUAGAGAGUUCUGGGAAAUCGUCCAUUCGUUUACAGAUGAGCAGAAAAGACUCUUCUUGCAGUUUACAACAGGUACAGACAGAGCACCUGUGGGAGGACUAGGAAAAUUAAAGAUGAUUAUAGCCAAAAAUGGCCCAGACACAGAAAGGUUACCUACAUCUCACACUUGCUUUAAUGUCCUUUUGCUUCCGGAAUACUCCAGCAAAGAAAAACUUAAAGAAAGAUUGUUGAAGGCCAUCACAUAUGCCAAAGGAUUUGGCAUGCUGUAAAAAAAAAAAAAUUAAUUAAUAAAUAUAACAAAAGGGAUAAAAAUUGGUGGUGAUGAUGUCCCUGUACAAAAAAGGCCAUAAGAUAGUGAGCUACAGUAGUCACCCGUGUUUGUGCCUCCCUUCUUUACUGGGGACAUUAGGGCUGGAACAGCAGAUUUCAGCUACUUGUAUGAACAAAUUCUUUAUUUUUUUCUUUUCACGUGAAAGUGUUACAUAUUCUUUCACUUGUAUGUACAGAGAGGUUUUCCUGAAUAUUUAUUUUAAGGGUUAAAUCACUUUUGCUUGUGUUUAUUACUGCUUGAAGUUGAGCCUUUUUGAGUAUUUAAGAAAAAAUACCAACAAACUAUACUUUCCCAAGGAAAAUAUUGCCAUCACUUGUAGCCCAUGUAACCUCCAAGUAUGUGCUAUUUUUUUGUCCCUGUAUCUACUCAAAAUCAGGAACUGUACUUUUUUGAACAGUUUGCUUUUAAAACUUGAAGUCCUGGAAACAGUGUGAUGCAAUUACUGCUGUUCUGGCCCCCAAAGAGUUUUCUGUGCAAAAUCUUGAGAAUCAAUAAAGAUGGAAGGGAGAACUUGGAAUGUUUGAACUGCAGCCCUGAGAACUUUACUUUAGUCACAGCACAACAAAUUAAAAAACAAAACUCACGCCACUGUAUGUUGUCUUCACAUUCUUGCAAUAUACUGUUUCAGUAGCCAGUCCUGUUUGUUAGUAUAUGAAAGGGUAGAGAUUUUAGGUUGUGGGAUUUGAUUUGGCUUUUUUUAUUUGUUUUGUUUUGUUUUGUUUUGAACAUUUACUGGGGAAAAGUGCAUAUUCAGCCAAAUGGUAGUGAGUCAAGUGUAUUGCAAAAAAGAUAGGAAAUUUGUUAGACAAAGCAUGUGGAAGUGCACUUAAAAUUAAGUUUUAUUAAUUGCCUAUUACAUUGAUUUUAAAAUUGACAAUCCAAAGUCUUCCCUACAUGAUGUCAUCAUCCUGUUUAAUGAACUGUUGCUCCUUUAUCAAGGCACAUGAUCAGUGUUGCAACAUAAUCAAAAAAGAUGGCUACUGUUCCUUGUUUUAUUGAAUCUAACAAUAAGCAAACCUGGAAAUGAAUGAAACCAUUGAUCUUAAGGCCUGUUUCUCUUGUAUGUCCCCAACCAUUCAAUAUAAUUUUAAAAAGUAAAUGCUAAAAAUGACUUUAUGUAUUACAGAAAAUAAACAAUAGGUUUUUCGAUUUAAAUGACAAUUCAGAAGUAGUUUUCCCCUUUCCUAGUCUUCUGUGUCUGUAAUGUUAAUUUACAAUAAAGGGAUUGUGUAUUUUUAACGAAGGGGACAUUUUACUACAAGCUAUAGCUGUUGUGCAGAGCUGAGCUUGUGCCUUGACAAUUAUUUUAACUGACUUCUACAGAUCAAAUCAGCUUGAUGCUUUGUGUGAAAUUGGCAGGAAAAGGACAAGUCUUGAAAUCAUUGGAGGGGGGAAGAUGUCUUUCAGGAUUAUUUUAAUAAAUUCUUUCUAGUAAUAGAAAUAGAACUGUUAUGUAACUAUAAUGCCGAAUAAAACAGUGACCUUUUUCACCAUGA